AUGACCACACCGGCUCUAUUGCCACUAUCGGGACGUAGGAUACCUACCCUCUCGCCAGGUGCCUCCUCAUUCCCCCAUCACAGAGCCACCUUGCGGCUCUCAGAGAAAUUCAUCCUCCUCCUCAUCCUCAGUGCCUUCAUCACCUUGUGCUUCGGUGCGUUUUUCUUCCUCCCGGACAAUUCCAAACACAAGCGCUUUGACUUUGGUUUGGAGGACGUAUUGAUACCACACAUCGAGUCGGAGAAGGAGGCCAGGCACAGCAGCAGACAGGGCAUACAUGGCGUGGGAGCUCACGACGAGCAUCGACACAGGGAGGAAGAGGAGAGCCUUCGUGACAAGAUCCGGGCAGAUCACGAGCGGGCACUGCAGGAGGCCAAGGAAAAGCUCCGUAAAUCCAAAGAGGAGCUGAAGGCAGAGAUCCAGACAGAAAAGACCAAGGUAGUCGAGGACCUGAAGAAGAAAGAUGGACCCAAACCACUGCCUCCAGUACCUAUGCCCAAACUAGUAGGGGUCAAAGAUGGUGACCCAGGGGACCCUGACACCAAGGAAAAAAGGGACAAAAUCAGAGAGAUGAUGAAACACGCAUGGGACAGCUACAGGCAAUACGGCUGGGGCCACAACGAGCUCAAACCCAUCGCCAAGAAAGGACAUUCCACCAAUAUCUUCGGUAAUUCCCAGAUGGGGGCCACUAUAGUAGACGCCCUGGAUACCCUUUACAUAAUGGGCCUCCACGAUGAGUUUAAGGAUGGCCAGGAGUGGAUCAAGCAAAACUUGGAUUUCAGUGUGAAUGCAGAAGUAUCUGUCUUUGAGGUCAACAUCCGCUUCAUUGGAGGGCUUCUGGCUGCAUACUACCUCUCCGGACAGGAGGUUUUUAAGGUGAAGGCUGUCCAGCUGGCAGAAAAGCUACUUCCUGCCUUCAACACCCCAACAGGCAUCCCUUGGGCCAUGGUCAAUUUGAAGAGUGGAGUGGGGCGUAACUGGGGCUGGGCGUCAGCUGGAAGCAGUAUUCUGGCUGAGUUCGGGACGCUGCACAUGGAGUUUGUGCACCUGACGUAUCUGACUGGAAACCCUGCCUACUAUCAGAAGGUGAUGCACAUACGGAAGCUGCUGGCUAAGAUGGACCGACCCAAUGGGCUUUACCCCAACUACCUGAACCCACGCACUGGACGCUGGGGCCAGCAUCACACCUCAGUAGGUGGGUUGGGUGAUAGUUUCUAUGAGUACCUGUUGAAGGCCUGGCUGAUGUCUGAUAAAACGGACACAGAGGCACGCAAGACGUACGAUGAUGCCAUCGAGGCUAUUGAGCGCCACCUCAUCCGUAAGUCCAAUGGUGGCCUUACUUUCAUCGGGGAGUGGAAAAACGGCCACUUGGAGCGUAAGAUGGGUCACCUGACUUGCUUUGCUGGGGGCAUGUUUGCCCUGGGGGCUGAUGGGUCGCCAGAUGAUAAAGCUGGACACUAUCUGCAGCUCGGAGCAGAGAUUGCACACACCUGCCAUGAAAGCUACGAUCGCACUGUGCUGAAGCUCGGCCCAGAAGCCUUUAAGUUCGACAGUGGGCUGGAAGCAGUGGCUGUGAGACAGAAUGAGAAAUACUAUAUCCUGAGGCCUGAGGUCAUCGAGACAUACUGGUACAUGUGGAGAUUUACCCACGACCCCAAAUACAGGCAGUGGGGUUGGGAAGCAGCGCAGGCUAUAGAUAAAUACUGCCGAGUAAGUGGAGGAUUCUCUGGUGUUAAAGACGUCUACUCCUCCAACCCCACCUACGAUGACGUCCAGCAAAGCUUCUUCCUGGCGGAAACCCUUAAGUAUCUCUAUCUACUUUUCUCCAGCGAUGAGCUGCUGCCUCUUGAGAACUGGGUGUUCAACACGGAGGCCCAUCCUCUGCCCGUCCUGCACCUGGGCAACAUCACCCUGCCUGGCAGCGAGACCCAGCGGUAGAGCGGACUCACCGGGGGGGCGCUCUCCCCCUCGCUCGCCCCUUUUCUAAACAUCUCCCUCCUUGUGAAAGACAGCAGCUGCCAGUGCAAAGGAGAGGAGAGAACUAUACCCACCAACCCCUGUCUCCUCCUGGACCGUGAAUCAUGGGACUGCAGUGAACGGAGGGGACUGGAACAGACCCAUCUCUCUUUAUCUAUGUCUCUCUCAUAUAUUCUCUGAAGGACAGACUGCCGGAUUGAUCAUGUGUCUCUCUCUUGUGGCCGCAGGUCUGACAUGUUCGUACACACUGUAUAUGCAUUGGCAGACUAAAAGACCCUCUGAAAUGGAUGUGUGUUUCUCACUGGGGAAGGAUUUUAACAAGUUAAUUUGUUCUUUUUCCCCCCACUCUCCCUAUAAUUCGGUGGCAUUUCAUAUCAUCAGCUCAGCACUAAAUCAAAAUGUAGGAUAAAUGUUUUUUUUUUUUUUUUUGGACCAGACUGCCUUCAGAGCCUUUCACUCUCUGAGCUGGGCUUCUGCAGAUGGCAGAUGUUGGAUGUGACCUGUGAAAUCUUUCUCCAGCUGAGGCUGAAUUUAGGCCAGAGGCACCAGGAAUGUUCUUUUCACCUGGAUUUCUCUUCAGACAGCCUCUCCGAGGUCUCUUUGUUAAGGUUAGGGGGUAAAAAGGGACACAUGCUGCUAUCGAACAGCUGCUGCCUGUGACACAGUCACCACCGUCAUUCCAGAAACCUUCACUUUCUGCAUCGUUCCAUUCCCAUCUUCUUCUUUUUUUUUUCCAUCCAUUGUGAAUGCCCAGAGUGUCAUUCAUACUGCAUUCUGAAAAAAGGAUGGACUGGUGUUUGGUUAUGCAUCACAAUGAAUCACUGCUUGAAGAGACUGUAUCUUGUGGAGAGAAAUCACAGUGCUCUAGAUGCUAAUGCUCACGGCAGUCACCAUUUGUUUUCAUUUGUCGAUCGUGCCGCUCUGUUAGACCAGACCAGAUUCUUUCAACAGCCAAGGUUUACCACUAAUCAUAGCCAACGAGCUAGAGAUUUAUAUAUAUGGGGUUAAGAGUUCAUAAACACACUGUGUGCCCUUUACAAGAAACCUAGAGUAAAUAAACAAUGCAAGGAUUUGAAAUGCCAUUGCAUAACAAC